AUGUUACUCGAAUCACAACAAAUAUCCUCAGAAAAUGACAAAGUGGAUGAAGAUAACAUUAAGAUUCAAAAUGAAAUUAAAAAGAAAGAUGGUAUAGAUGAACAACAACAAAUUAUUAUUAGUAAAUCUCUCCGUGAACGUCUGCAAGCAAUACAAGAAACGUUGACUUUACUUCAACAACAGGGGGAUUUUUUGGUUGGAUUAAUUGACAGAAUUAAGGGAAUUUUCAAUUUUACCGUUCCCUUUCUUUCCUUUCUUGCAAUAUUUUCACUUCUUCUAAUAACUAUUUUGUUGUAUUAUAUUCCUAUAAGACUGAUAAUUAUUAUUUGGGGUAAGUUUAAUUAUUUACGUAAAUAUUCUGAUAUAAGUCAUUUCCUCAUACUUUCCUCAUAUUUAUUUACCCCGUAUCUUGAUCUCAGCUUUCCCGGUAUCCAUCAAAAUCCUCUGAUAUCUUCCACUGAUUUCCCCUUAGCCCCGUUAUCACUUCAAAUUAUUAUCCAUCCAAACACAUAA